UUUUUGGAAUAAAUUGAGUGUAAUCCAGCAACAUAAAACUGCUGUAACUGUGAGGCGCCGCUGAGCUCCAGCACCAGCAGGGGGCGGUAAACAGUUUGUCUCCACAUACAGGAGGCUACUGACCCGCUGCUGACCCGGAUGUUGAUAUGACGUUAAACUGUACCGGCCAGGUUACAAUGAAGAGUUGUUAGCAUUUCAGGCCACUUUAUUUUCGGCUUUAAAACAAAACCAGAUGCCCAGAAAUAAACCUCAAAGUGCUGUCUGAGAUAUUUUCCAGUUACCCGAUUUAUAAUAUUUAAUCAUCCCGCAAGGAAAACGACAAAAAACUGUAAACAUGUCUCAGGAGGGAUAUCAAUCACCAGCAGUGAAAACCACCGCAGACACGAGCUUGAAUGCGAAUGAAUCGCAGAGGACCAACCCCGGGAAGACGCCUAUACAAAUCCUGCAUGAAUAUGGCACCAAAAGUGGUAACCUCCCCGUGUAUGUGAUGGAGAAGACUGAAGGAGAGGCUCACCAACCCAGCUUCGUCUUCAGCGUGAAAAUUGGAGAAGUUGGCUGCACGGGGCAGGGUCCCAGUAAAAAGGCUGCUAAACACCAGGCUGCAGAGGCUGCCCUGAAUAUUCUGCAGAUAGACGCUGGGACAGUAAACGUUCCUGUGAAGUCUGAGAGUAACGGCGUCGCAGCAGAAACAAACAACCAUCCCAACUCAGUGGGGAUACUGCAGGAGUUGGCAUUGCAGAGAGGAUGGCGUCUUCCUGAAUACACAGUUUUAAUGGAGGCUGGUCCACCACACAAGAGAGAGUUCACUGUUACUUGUCGAAUGGAGUCCCUGUCAGAGAAAGCUAUAGGAAAUUCAAAAAAGGCAGCGAAAAAGGCAGCUGCAGAGAAAAUGGUUUCAAAGCUUCAAAGUCUGUCAGGCUGCUCUGAAAUCACAUGGACCCCUAAACCGAGCGUCCGAUUUGAGAACUUAAGGAAUUCCUCAUCUGAGAAUAUAUCUUUACUGAGAAGAAACCCGCUGAGCAUUCCCAACACAGAUUAUAUUCAGAUGAUGUUGGAGCUGUCCAUGGAGCAGGGAUUUGAGGUCACAUACUUCGACAUAGACGAGCUGACGGUGAACGGCCAGUACCAGUGCCUGGCAGAGCUGUCCACCUCCCCGGUCACCGUGUGCCACGGCACCGGCAUUUCCUGUAGCAACGCUCACAAUGACGCAGCACACAGCGCCCUCCAGUACAUCAAGAUCAUGGCCUCCACCAAGUAAAACCCGCACUGUCUGCUUCACCUGUAUCGUCACAUGUAUAAGCUGAUGACCAGUCACGAUGAGGCUGUAGAUCGUUCUUCCCACUAGUCUUCCUGGCCGUGGACAAUUUGAGGUCAAGGUAUGUUUUUAUAAUUAUGUGUAUGACAAAGCAGAUCAUGCUCAACAAUAACUCCACGUACACUGACUCGAAGUAGGCAGCUUUAGAGCAGUCUUUGUGAGAAGACAAACUCUCUCAGUAUUAAGAAUCAAAUAUAAAUGAAUUGUUGUCUUCACAGAACUAUCAUGUUUUACUUGAACUGUCCGACAUAUUUAAGAAAAAGUAUGCGUGUUAAUGAAGUAGGAGCAGUGAAUAAUAUGAAGCACUUCCUUAUCAUAGUUGUACAUGUUUAUCCACAUUUUUUUGUGUUGCUUUGGUGGAAUUUUUUGACUCCUCUUUAGUCAGGGUGCAGAUAUUUUGAAGUUGCAUUUUUUUUUUAUUUCAGUUUUCUCUGUAGCUAUAUAUUGAGCCAAUAGAAGAUCUUAAACGUUUAAUUUGUUUUUAUAAAUACCUGCCUUUCAGUUAAAUCCUAAAAUGAAAGUGAAUCGAAAGAGAGAUUAUUUUGUGUUAUAUUUGAAAGGAUAGUCUGUAUUUUUAUCUACAGAUGCGUCAAAUUAUUUUUUUUCUUCCAUGUGUCAGUAUGCAACCUACAGUACCACCGCUUUGUUGGACUUAGAUUUAAUAUGUUACUUCAUAUUCCCAUCCUGGUGGUCUGUUGCCAUUUUUUUUGCAGUGUGCCUCAAAAUACCUUGUUAUAUAUUUAAUAAAUUUACUGACUGCUGUCCUCUGCUGUAUGAAGUGAACUCUGGUAAGAGAAUAGCAACAUGUGUGUGAACCCAUAAAAUAAACACUAACUGUUAA